UGGGUAAUAUAGUUACUGUAGUACAAGCUAAUAUGCCUUUGAUUGAUGAUAAGAGAUAAAUUUAUGAGAAGCUGAGCUAAGACUGAGAGACAAACUUGAAAGUUUAAACUGCUGUUUAAAUACGGUACUGUAUGCAGAUGUGAUGUAUCCAAGGUUACCACAUCACAACCACUGCAAUUACAGUUUUUGUAUUUGAAAACAACAUAGAGUUGAGAUUAAACUGAGUUGAACAUAAUCUAAAUUCUAAAUAACUUUUUUACUUCAUUUCAAAAAUGGAUACAAACAGAGGAUUUGAUGAUAACCCAGAAGCUGUGGAGAUUGAUGGAAUGAUAUGCAUUCCCAAAGUGGUAGAUGCAACUGAAGAACCACCCAAGAAAGAAAAAGUUGAGGAAGAGGUAUUACCAGAUUUGUACACAUGCCCCAGGGAUCCUCGGUUCCAGCAAACCAACAUAACUAAAUGGUGCUAUCAAAUGUUCAUAGAUUUCCAUCGUUGCACUCAUUUGUUGGGUGAAGAAGCAAAAGAGUGCAACUAUUUUAAGAGGUGCUACACCUCUCUCUGUCCUUUCAGUUGGGUGGAGAAGUGGGAUGAACAGAUUCAGACAGGAGAGUUUCCUAGAGAUCUGCAUAGAGAGUUUUAUUAUAGAAAUCCUAGCGGUGUUACUGACUAGAACUGAUUUUAUACUAUUUAUGCUUUAAUUUUGGAUUCAUUCAAUCGAUUGCCGUGUCAAAUUUGUUGAGUAGAUUUUUAUUUGUCAAUAAACUGUUAUAUUGUCCAUAACAAAUUAAACUUUUUUUGUUUUUUUUAUGAAUUAAACUUCAUAAUAUGGGACUCUUGUUUACAUAAACACACCGCACAGGUUUUACUCCUAUGCAAUGAUUUGCUUCUAAAUAAUUUUGAUAUACUGGCUUGAGUUUUUAUAACAAACAUAAUAUUUGACAAGUAUGCAUUUUCUCUUUUUUUUACUUGUUUCUUUAUUUACUAACAAUUUACUUGUUUUUUGUGUUUAGAGUAAGUUUAGAAAUUAAUUUUAAAAUUAUAAUAGUGCUACAUUUUGUAGAAAUCUUUAUACUGCGCUUGUGUUGAGAGAUUUUUCAUUAAAUUUCAGCGCAUUAAAUAAUAAUUUACAACGUUCUUAAUUUUUCAAGUUUGGGUCUAUAAAUCAAUGCACG